UAAGUACUUGAUAGAAUUGCAUAGUUUUUGAAUAUUAAUAAUUUAUAAUUAUUGAUUAUAUAAGAUUUCAUUGGUCAAAAUUUCAUUUUUUGAGGUUAACAUGGAUUAAAUCCUUAAAUGUGUCAAUUAAACUAGCACUUAAAAAAAAAAAAAAAAUACACUUCGCUUCGAUUCUUCACUUUUUAAAUUACAAUAUCCUCUCAAGCUAGUACAAAGAAGCACUUUACAAGUCUACACUCAAGUUCAGAUUUCUGAAUGAUAGAAUAUAAUCUAAUUGGUUAAAUAGAAUAGGAGAAAAUAAUCAGAAUUUAAAAAAAAAAAAUGGUGUUAUGGGUUUUUGGAUACGGAUCAUUGAUAUGGAAAGCAGGGUUCAAUUACGAUGAACGCCUUUCUGGGUUUAUUAAGGGCUAUCGCCGUGUUUUCUACCAAGGAAGUACUGAUCACAGAGGAACACCUGAUUACCCAGGAAGAACUGUCACAUUAGAGCCUGCUCCUGAAGAAAUUUGUUAUGGAGUUGCUUACAAGGUUUCCCAAAAGGAGGAUAUUGAAACUGCAAUCUCGUAUUUGGAGGUGAGAGAGAAACAAUAUGACCAAAAAGUUUACUUGGAUUUUUAUACGGAAUCAACCAGUUCAACACCAGCUGUGAGCAAUGUGUUGGUAUAUGUGGCAUCUUCAGAUAAAAAGCUCAAUCAGAACUACUUGGGUCCUGCAUCAUUAGAGGAGUUAGCCAAGCAAAUUGUGCGCGCAGAAGGCCCCUCGGGUCCAAACAGAGACUAUCUGUUUCAGCUUGAGAAAGCACUAAUUGAACUUGGAUGCAAGGAUGCACAUGUAAUGGAUCUUGCUAGGGAAGUGAGAUGCAUUCUCUCAAAGGAGGUGAAAAGCUUAGAGGAUGGCGAUCUCUGUGAAUUAGAAUGAAAACAUUGCUGCCUUGAUUGCGGCAAGCCCCUCAAAACGAAGUAUUAUUGCUUCAAAUAUUUCAAACAUUUUUCUCCCGAGGCAUUCGCCUAGGAAGCCCUUUAGACACAAUAUUUGUUAGAAACACCUAUUCGUGCCAAUCAUUUACAGUUCAUGUUGGAGGUUGGAGCUUUCUUUCGGUUUAUUUUUUUUUAUUAUUUUUUUAUUUUUUAUUUUAUUUUUUAAAGUCAGCAAUAGCAUGGACUUAAGUAUAAAACACUAGACUUUCUCUAAGAUGGGUAACAUUUAGACUAUUUGUACCUAUAAACUACACGGAUAAUGUGUUGCUUGACAUCAUAAUGUCGAAAGUCAGAAACUGUAGUUUGCUAUUGCA